AUGCCAGGAGACUUGGGAAAAGCAACGGGACAACACGGCACCGCCAGACCGUCUGCGCGCGGCAGCAGACCACGAGGAACGAGCAGCACAGAACCCCCGGAGGGGCCCCGCGGAGCAGCCCGCAGAAGAGCCCGCAGAGUAGGAGAGCAGUGGGGAUAUGCGAACCACAGCAGGUGCAGGGACGCGGAGGAGGAGCAGACCACGAGCAGCCAGACUGAGGACAGCAGGGCCACGCGCACGAGCAACACUCCCGUAGAAUCUGACCGGGAUGACUUAUCUGUGGCAGGGGUGCAGCCUUUUAAAGAGGAGAAAGAGCUGGAGGUUUUGGAGAAAAGACAUUCAGAUCUUUGGUUAAACGAAAAACGGGCAAACAAUCUAGAAGACAGUGUGAUUGAGUUUGAUGAAGAUUUGGCCUCAGAUCCAUUAGAUUCGGAAUAUGUCCCACCUAUAUCUUUGAGUGCUGCACUUCAUACAGAGAGACAGGUCCUGGCAGAAUUUAACCAGAUCACCAGCUCCAAACUGGGCAAUGAUUUCGUUGAAGCAUUGGAUUGCCUAACGACACAGUUCAUCAAGCUCUUUAAGGCCAAAAGGGGGUCUGCUGGCGCUAAGCUUUCCAAGAUUGUCCGGCACCUCGAUUCCUGUCAGAGGAGAUGGGGAAAGGAGAAAGGUACACAUCAAAAGAGAUGGUGGAACUGCAGGAAAACCCUGGUGACCGAGAGAUCCUUAAAGAUUAUAAUUCUGUGA